CUCCCCUUGUUCUCUUCCCUUGAACACUCAGAGAGGACCAGCAUGGCCCCAGAAAUCCUACAGCUGCUGCUGCUGCUGUCACUGGGAAUCUCAGACAAGCCAGGGAGGAGGCAGACUGAGCUCCAAACCCAGGAGAUGACGCAGAUCUCCCCAGGCCCCAGAGGAGGAGAAGUUCCAGCUGAGGAAGAGCACAGACUACUGGAGGGGGAGACAUUUAGUGUGAAUUGCCCCUACAAACCCCAGGAACAUGACAAGAGAACUUUGACAUGGUGUAAAAAACAAGAGAAUGGAGAGCACUGCAUUGUCUUAGAAACAGAGUCCAAGUUUUCAGUAUCAGGCAAAAAAUACUUCUCCUCUUACGACAGCAAUAGUGGCAUCAUCACUAUCACGAUGUCUGGACUCAGAGUAACUGACUCAGGUGUCUACGAGUGUGGGAUCUAUGAAGUAGCUCCUAAGUGGGGAAAAGAUGUCCUCAGGAGAUUCCACCUGGUGGUGUCCCCAGCUCAAACACAGAACCCCAUCAAAGGGAUGCAAGCUACCUCAGAGGCCACUACAACCAGUUCUGUGACCAACAGGACACCAAACCCUUCCAUUGUUCCUGCAUUUUAUGGCUUCAUCCUGAUUAAGGUCCUGGUAUUUUUGGGCUUUCUUCUUGUCCUGUGGAAGUGGUACUCCCAGCCAAUGAAGACACGGAAGGAACAGAAGAGAUAAAAAGAAAAUGGGGGUCUUCAGAGCUAACCCCCAAACAGUACCAUUUGUUGCUGAUAACUCCAGCUUAGACCAGAGCAUAGAAGACUUUGAAACAUUCACAUGCC